GGUCAAGAUUACAGGGUUGGACUACCUCCCAUCAAUAAAGAUGAUCGACGUGAUUGAUUGUAUUUCCCUGCAGAAUCAAUUCAAUGAAGGCUUCUUUAGUGCCAUUGCUCUAUCAACUCCGUCUAUAAAAUAUGCAGAUUUUAAGUUUCAAAUUUAUGUCGAAAGCAAUGAGAUUCCAGAUUGGUGCAACAAUAAAGUAACAGCUUCAUCUAUUUGUUUGACUAUGCCCACAGUACAGAAUAAUGAGUAUAACUUCUUCGGAAUGGUUCUCUGGUUUGUUUCCCACUUUUGCAAUGUAACCAACCGUCUUCAAAAGUUUGAUGUUACUAUUGACCAGCCUUCAGGUUUUUUCUGGAAUUGGAGUUUCUAUAUACCUGAGAGUCAGGGAGAAGUAUCAUGUGUAUAUUACUUCUCUCUCUCAAAUGGUAGACCUUUUAAUGACCUGGACAUCAUCAAAGGCGGGGAACAGCUAAGAGUAGAGGAUGGCAGUGACGGAGGCAUAAUAAAGAAGAUAGGAGUACAUCUGUUAUAUUUAGAUCAACAUGGUAAUGUUACAUCUUUCCCGGCAGUUGUGGAUGAUUCUUAUACUCCCAAGUCCCAACCCACAAAGAUAGAUGUUUGAUUUGGGUUGAUAUAAAUUUUUAAGCUGACAGAAUGUUGACAAGCAAACUACAUAUUGUAAUUUUCAGCACCUCAUACUAUAUCAAUCAUACAAUUUUCAGUGAAA